UCCUAAAGCCAAUGAUAGGCACCCGCGACGCCCAAUCAGCGUGUGGCGGGGGUGGAAGGUGUCAAGAUGGCGGCACCCUGAGGCCCCGCCGGUGCCGAGGAUGCAGCUGCGAGCGGUGAUGGGCGCCGCGGCCUGGCUACGGCGCGCGGCCGCCACUCCGCUCCAGCUCUCGGCGUGCUCCAGCUUGACUCCGUUUCCCCCGUUCCCUCCUCAGUCCGCUGGGAUGGCCACUCUCAACCAGAUGCACCGACAAGGCCGCCCCAAACCUCCUCCUCCUAAACUGGGGGCGACUUUCGGCCGCCCCCAAAUCAAAGGAGUGGUGAUUAAGAACCUGAUCCGCAAACCCAAAAAACCCAACUCCGCCAACCGCAAAUGUGCCCGCGUCCGGCUCAGCACUGGCAAGGAGGUGGUUUGCUUCAUCCCCGGCGAAGGCCACAACCUCCAAGAGCACCACGUUGUCCUGGUCCAGGGCGGCCGCACCCAGGACCUGCCUGGUGUCAAACUCACCGUCGUGCGUGGCAAGUACGACUGCGCCCACGUCCAGAAGAAGAAGAAAUGAGGGCUGGGGCCCAGGAAAACUGGGAGUUUGCUUCAGUUGGGGAGCAGCUCUCGUUCGGACGGGGGCAGAUUCGCUUCUGGAAUGGGAUUUUCCCAGCACAGGAGGCAGUUCUCCCUCGGGAAUAGGAUUCUCCCGGCAUGGGAACGCUGUGGCGGAGCAGGGUUGGAGGAGAGGGGGGAUAGUGCCUUGGGAACAUUAAAUGUUGCUGGACAAGAAAGUGUGUGG